UGUGGAUGUGGCGGUUGACGUGACUAGUGGUUGUAUAAAGUGAGAUAACACGAGGACCCAGAUUGCUUCGGACUCACAGCGCGUGCCAUUAGAGAGAAUGGCGUCCCGGUGAAAGGCAUUGGGAGGCAGUCGGGCUGGCGUUGGUGGCCAGCCAGGAGGUGCCAGGGUGCGUCGGGCCUCCCAGGGCACGCCAGCAGCCACGCAACGGUACCACAAGGCACCAGGCAAGGUACCACGUCAUUCUAAGGCGCGCCUGACAAAUAUAUACGAGCGAGGACUCAGCAAAAGCGCCCCAGCUAGCCAGUCAGCCAGACAGCUAGGCAGCUACACCGCGGCUCGCAGCAAGAAGAGACGAAAUAUCUAGGUCAACAAACUUCAGCCAUCGAAGCGAGGUGUGGAGUCCCUGGGGAGGCAGCGCGGCCCCCAAGAGACGCCUCGGCCAUCCCCACCCCACGUCAGGAGUACAGCGAGGCAUUCAGGUGUGCCUGGGACGCCUUCCUACCCCGCCUACCCCGCCCUGCAGGGAGUGAGCAGACUAUUGCUGGGAGGAUGUGCUAGCAGGAAGAUGGGCUGCGGGAUAAGUACUGACGGAUAUCCCAACCAAGGGGGGCCGCCAGUGUACCCUCGCUCCCCGCAGAUCGCCUCUUUUGAGAAGACCGGCGCCAUGAACAACAACAACGAGAUCGUCCCCAUGGCCAACACGGACAUGGACGUCGAUCGCUCAAUGCUGCAAAAGUACAUUGAGAUCGAGCGCCAGAUCGCGGAGGAGGAGGCCAACAACCCAAUCCAGCCACUGGAGCUCAAAAUGGACCAGCUGGCUCGUCUUGGUCAGGAGAUCGAGGCCAUGGAGACCCAGUUGGCCGGCCUGGAGGAACAGACGAGGAAGGAGAAGAGUGACGUUGACCGCCUGGAGACCGCGGAGGGGGAGGUGCUGGCAGCGCUGGUGGAGAUGGCGGACGGCUCUCUGGACGAACAACUGAUCAAGGAGAAGGAGGAAUACGUGGCCGCCCUCAACAAGCAGGAGAUCGCCACGCAGGAGUUGGAAGCGCAUCGCAAACAGCACGAGCAGGUGUCGCAGGAAGUGGCGGAGCUGGAGGAGAAGGCCAAGAAACUCCACGAGCUGUACAAGGAACAUGACAACCUGCUGGACAAGCUGUUCGGCGGGGAGUACGGCUCGGUGGCGGAGAAUCAGCUUGAGGCGGAGCUGGAUGAACUGGAGGCGCAUCGGGGAAGGAUCAUGGAGGCUAACUUCAAGUGGCGACAGGCGCAGAUGAUGCUGGAGUACGCGUGCAAGCAGCUGGCCGUGGCGGUGCAGAAGUGGCAAGAUCUCCCCACUGUUCCUACUAUAGACUUGGAGAUCCGAUACAGCGUGGCGGCGGAGACGAGGAACAACCUGGUGGCGGCGGGGCAGAACAUCCAGGGGGCGCAGCGGUACCUGGACAACGUUAAGUUCCCUUACUGUGACCCCAACGAGAUGCAGACACUUGGCAAACUGGACGACCACACCUGCCCCGCCUCGCCGGCCUCCACUGGGCUCAGGACGGCCACGGAGUACGUAUUCACGGACAUGCAGAGCAACGAGAGGCACGACCACGCCCAGGCCUGCUACUCCACCACGCACAAGCGAGCCAACGCCCUCCUUCAGUGGUUUGACACGGUGAUCAACACGACCAUCAUGAAGGACCUGAACGACAUCAACGACAGGGUCAAGGACAAGACACUGGAGCUGAGGCGGGAACGUGUGCGCCUCAUCCAGGAUAAGGUGAAACAGCUUUGGGGGAUGGAUAUCGAGCUGGACUCUACCUUGAGGACUGAGGACUUCAACGUGGAGGAGCUGGCCAAGUUGAUGGUGACAGAAGGCCAGGUGGUCAAGGUGGAAGCUGGAGAUGCGGAGAGUGAGCGCGCCGGCACGCCACCCCUGCUCAGCCGUGACGAGCUGGCUCCAAUGCCUUCCAACACCGUCAUCUUCGGCAACAUGUAUGACCAUUACCAAGCCCAGCUCAGCACCCUGGCCAAGCAGCAUCAGGAGGAGAUGGAGCAGUUCAUGAAGGAGCAACAGAGCAAGACGCAGCGUAUGAAUGAGUCCCUACAGAUGAAGUUGAUGGCAAGGCGGCAGCGCAGAGCCAGGAAAAACGUGGAGCAGAUGCAAAGGACGGCACUGGAUUCUUCUGGGGAGUAGCAUCGAGUCGCCUCUACCUACUGUCCCUCCUUCUCCUCCUCCUCCUCCUCCUCCUCCUCCUAUCAUUUCUACUAUCAUCACGUGCUAUCGUUACCUGGACCACACUACCAUUGUUACCACAACCACUAACACUACUACUACUACCACCACCACCACCACCACCACCACCACCACCACCACCACCACCACAGUGAAGGCAGCAUCCACAU